UCGUUCCCGAUCACGCGACUGAGAUGAAAUGAAAGGCCGGCUCAAAGAUGUGCAAAAACGUGACUUAGGAACAUUCGGGAGACAAAUUCGAAAGGGCUUUCCCGGAGAACUAUCGAAAGCUAAUCCCGAGAUUACAGAAGCAACGACGAUCAAAACUCUCGCGGGAGUCCGAUCAGGGGAGAUGGGGAAGGUUAAGAACGAACUGAAGGCGAUGCUUCCGAUAUUAACGUCUUCAGAAGUGAGAAGAUUUCAUUUAUUACCUCACGAAGCGAUCAUUGACGAGCUCAAAGAAGGCAACUAUGAGGAAUCGAUCCAAUAUUUGAAAGAAUUAUUUGAACUCGACGAGGAGAUUCGUAGGAAGGCUGAUCCUGGUACUCUAAUAUGGGAGAAGCCACGCUUAAAGAAGAACAAGAACGCAAUGUCGCGCUUAAGGGAUGGCUUGAUCAUUGUCGAGCAAGCCAAAAAUGCUGGAGAUUAUAUUUCUACGGCUGCAGAAUUUCUAAAUAUGGCGCUAUCCUUUCAAGCAAUGAUUUGGGAAUGGUGGUGGGUGGCAGAGCGACUUUACCGUAGCGCUCUGGAGAACGCUGAAUUAAUCGAAGACGAUAACCAUCAGAUGAGCACCUUCGUACAUUACCUGUACGGCCGAUUUCUGUUCGAACAAAAUCAAUACAAUUACAUUCACGUGGUGCAAUCAGUACAAGAUAUGGCAGGAUCGCUAUAUCACUUAAAUAUCGUACAUAAAGCGUCUUGGAAGAAGUCAUGGAAUGCGUCGAAGAUAACUGGUCGAAAAGAAGAAACCAUCUUUCGAGAAUGCAACGUGCUUCUAUACAAAGUAUUACUGAUGCACGCACAACAAGUCGGCUGCGAUCAACCGGAUGUCGCUGUGAAAGCAUGCACCGAAGCUCUCGCUCGAGCGACGGACUCUGGGCAUUACGAAUACAUAGCGAACGUUCUAUACGAGCUGGGGAUAAAUCAGUUGCGAUCAGGCGAUGUGAAACUUGCCUUCCAAAACUUCUCCAAAUUCCUGGCGAUAGUUAAGAGACUUUCGGACCCAGAGAAAAUAUGCAACGCGUACAUGAUGAUAGCACUUGCAUACAAGUUAUGUGUCACGAAAGAUGAAUUGAACGACGAUGUAAACACGGAGAAGUAUCUCCAUUUAUUUAUAGUAAAUGCAGUCGAGUCUGGACUUACGAGAAAAGCGGCACAGGCACACUACUGUACUGGCGAGCAUUUUUUGAAUAAGAGAAAGCUAGAUAUUGCAACCUUUCAUUUGGAAAAAUCUUUUGAAUUGUAUAACAAACUCGGUUUAUCCAACGAUGCUGAUAAGGCGCGAGCCCUUGCCGGAGUUUCGAAAGGGCAAGAAAUCAUCGAUCAAUAUAUCCAUCUUGUGCAGCAGUGCGGAACCGCCGAUCCGAAAGCAAUAACGAUGCUUUGUCAAUGGAAAAAUCGUAGAAGCGUUUUUUGGACUGAAAAAAAAGAGAAGAAGCUACACGCUGGUCUCUGGCCUGUGUUACACCUCUCAUAUACUUAUGGUGCGCACGCUGAUUAUUCCACAAACAUAUGGAAUCUACAGUCGGGAGGUUGCUAGCCUUUUCCGAAAAGAAAUACGAGCGUAAAUAUUUUGAUUCCUACCCGGAGCGAAUCCGAGACUUGUCAUGAUAGAUCAGUACACUUUUUGCUAUGUUAUGCUUGUACUCGCGAGAUUAAGAUAGAUUCAAAUAUAAGAAUUGACUGUGAAUGGCCACAGAGCCAUAUUAGCGUCUUAAGACAUUAUUUAAGACAAUUUUAAAAUAAAAACCAUUUAUGAAUACCGACCGAAAUAGUUAUAUUAUAUAGUUGUAAUAUGUUAUAA